UGUGCGCUACCGUCGAGGUAUUAUGUCAAUGUUGACAAUUUCAGUCUGACACAUGCGUCGCUGUGAUGAUAACGUGUGUAAAAACAAUUCGCGAGGAUCGUAAUGUUUUAAUUCGUUUAAAAUAAAAUACCGUUGUGAUGACAGACGCUGUUAAAUAUAUUGUACGUGUUUUUGUGGUGACUAUUUUAUAUUAUAUACUGUUUGAUGUGCUGAAAGGGAUAAAACAUUAUUUUACUGGUUUUACGAAAGAAACCACGUAGUGUUGGAUUUUUAACUAUAACUAAACAAAAGAGUGACCACAAUGGCGGAUGCUGAUGCGUGGAACGUCACUGAGAGUAUUGCAUCCAAUGUGAGACCGAGCGAACUAUCCAAAUUUUCACCGGCCCUCCUCACAUUUGCAGCUGUGGUGACUGGCUUCAUUAUGCUCAUAGGCUUAUUUGGCAACUUGCUGACUGUAGUCGCACUCCUUAAAUGUCCGAAAGUCAGAAAUGUUGCCGCUGCAUUUAUUAUUAGUCUCUGCAUCGCGGAUUUUCUGUUCUGCGCGAUGGUCCUCCCCUUCGCUAUAUCUGGUUUCUGGACUCGCACGUGGUCGCACGGCGGGGCUCUGUGUAAACUCGUGCCGUUCCUGCGAUACGGCAACGUUGGCGUCUCCCUUUUGAGUAUAGCACUCAUUACUUUAAACAGGUAUAUAAUGAUAGCUCACCACAGCUGGUACUCUCGAGUAUAUAGAAAACACAACAUAGCUCUGAUGAUCGUCUUUUCCUGGAUGUUUUCAUAUGGAAUGCAAAUACCUACUCUUGUUGGAGUAUGGGGUAAAUUUGACUACGAUGAAGAAUUGGGAACGUGUUCAAUAGUCCCAGACGAGCAUGGCCGCUCGGCGAAAACAGCCCUCUUUGUUAUAGCAUUUAUUGUUCCCGCCUUGCUUAUUUUUAUUUGUUACGCGAGAAUAUUUUGGGUAGUACACAGCUCAGAACAACGAAUGCGCGAACAUCAAAGAUCCCAAACAGCUAAUCACGGCACACUCAAUAAUGGAAGCGACAAACGAUCUACAAUCAAGGAUACUAGAGAAACAAAGGCACGACGAAACGAAUGGAGAAUAACGAAGAUGGUUCUUGCUAUAUUCUUGUCAUUUCUAGUCUGUUAUUUGCCAAUUACAAUUGUGAAGGUGGCCGAUAGUCAUGUUCAUUAUCCAGUAUUCCACAUCGCGGGAUAUCUCCUCUUAUACGCAAGCGCAUGCGUGAACCCGAUCAUCUACGUCAUAAUGAACGCGCAGUACCGCGCCGCGUACGCAGCGGCCCUGUGCUGCCCCCUCGCGAGACUAUCCGGUCUCACCAGCGAGAAAUGGAACGAGCGUCACGGAUACAGCUUCAGCAACACACGAACGGUGCUCAGCCAAGUUUCACUAGGCGAGUCGAGAGCGGACCCUCGGGGCAGUUCCAUACACGGCAGAUAAACCCUAGACCAACUGGCUCACUUGGCGGCAGCUGUCAAAGCAUCGGCCCUAAAACUGAACUCACCUAUGGGGUCAUUGGACCCAAUUCGAAAACAUCAAGAUUCGAAAUCCACCAAUCGAUUUCGUAAUAGCUUGUCGUUCGAUAUUUUGACGCACCAAAGAUGUUUUAUACCAAAAGACAUUUUGAUAGUUUUUAUUACUUAUUUUAUUUUAUCUGUGGUGACUGCUAAUGCUGUUUUAUUUUAUGUUUCCGUCCAUAACGUACGACAAGCUGAUUACGAAUUAAUUGUUAUUGUAAAUACCUACUGUAUUGCCUAGUUAACAUUGUAAGCAUAGAUAUAACUUGUAUAGUGUAUUUAUUUAAUUUAAGUAAUUAUUAUGCAUAAUACAAUAAAUCCACCUUUAAUUGUUUAAGUCAUAUAAUAACAAGCAUUCCAAAUAAGA